AUGACAGUCAGUGUGCUAGAGUCCACCGAUGUCAAAAACAAACUCGAGGAUCUUUCUGGGGUGGUGCUUAAACCCGGCGAGAAUCCAUACAAUGCUCUGAUCGAGGCUUGUCACAAUAAUCCGGCUGAAAUCCAAACCCUCUACGCAGCACAUCGCGUAAAGCGGAACGCGCAACAGAGGGAAAAGUUCAUCACACCAGAGUUCAAAGAGCUCAUUAUUGACCCGUAUCUCUUGAGGCUGGAGAAACCCUCGAUUGAGCCGGGCUUCAAGGAUCAGCGCAAUUGCAUGACCUUUUGGGGCCGUCCUCCGCUUCACGUAUUGGCGCUUGCCGAAAAGCUUCAGGAAAAAUUGAGGGCAUGUGCACCCAAUAUCUGGCUGAUGCCCUUGCAUCGCAUGCAUAUCACCACUCUCGAGAUUACCUUUUCCAAGACCCCAGAGGAGAUCCACGCCAUCAAGAAGGUGCUAGAACCAGUCAUACCCACGGUAGCAAACUACACCUUUCACCACCGGGCAAGACUUGUCAAGCCAGUCAUAUCGUACGAUCUGUCGGCUUUUGCUGUCUCGUUCCUGCCCGCCAGCGGUGAGCCGGCCCUCUCUCCUCCGUCUACUGCAGUGGACGAUGGCGGGGCUAUCAAGCAGCAGGGCGACCAGUACACAUAUCACCACCUCAGACGCGACAUGUGGGAACUAGCCAAGAACGCCGGCAUUGCCAUUGAUUCCCGCUACAUCGUUCCCAGUGCGCACAUCACGUUGGGUCGGUACCUGAGCGAAGAAGAUCACGCCACGCCCGAGCAGCGGCAGAAGUGGGUCGACACCAUUGACGAGAUCAAUCAGUGGCUGGAAGCGGAAGUCUGGGACCGUGAAGAUGGCGACCUCGUAGGCGAGUGGCUUGUCGGCCAGGAGAAGGGUCUCGACGUUCGAGUUGGAACCCUGUGGUACGGAGGCGGGCGCACCGUGAUGACGGGUGAGGGUUUCUAG